CAUUAAAGUCAGCAGCUCAUUAUUGAAGGACUUGCUUCAAAACUCGCGGAGAGUCCCCUCGUUCUCCACUUACCACCCAGUAAACAAAGAGAGCGCCGUGGUCAGAGGAAGCUCCGUUAAUGGUGACUCCGGCUGUGUUUCUCGCCGGAAUAGUCCUAGCCGCAGCGCUCUACUGCGGGCUGGACCCGUUGGGCCGAAGCCCCAUGGCGAAUUUCCCCGGCUUCGAGACGUACCCCUACGAACUGCCGCCGUGGUCCGAGGUCCCCCAUGUGCGGGACGAGGGCGACCGGCUCCGGGGAGCGGAGGUCAGGUUCCUCAACCAGGUGAAGGGACCGGAGAGCAUCGCUUUCGACCCGCAGGGCCGCGGGCCAUACACCGGCGUCGACGACGGCCGGGUGGUAUUCUGGAACGGCGAGUCCUGGUCCGAUUUCGCCUACACUUCGCUCAAUAGGACAGAAAUAUGCAGCCCGGACCCAAACCCUUUUAGUCACAUAAAGAUUGAACAUAUCUGUGGACGACCGUUGGGUCUUAGAUUUGAUAAGAAAACAGGAGAUUUGUAUAUUGCUGAUGCUUACUUUGGCUUGCUCAAAGUAGGCCCACAAGGUGGCAUUGCUGCAACACUAACAGCGGAAGCUGAAGGGGUUCCAUUGGGGUUCACAAAUGACUUGGCUAUAGACGACGAAGGCACUGUUUACUUCACAGACAGUAGCGCGUACUACCAGAGAAGGAAUUUCUUGCAAUUAAUAUUUACCGGAGAAUCUUCUGGGAGGCUUUUAAAAUACAACCCAACUACAAAAGUGACAACUGUCCUUCUUCGCGACCUUCAAUUUCCCAAUGGUGUGACUCUAAGCAAGGAUGAAUCAUUCCUGCUGUUCUCUGAAGCACGUCUCAGGUUGACCAAGUACUGGCUGAAGGGAGAAAAGGCAGGGACCUCAGAAGUUUUUGCUAUCCUUCCUGGAUAUGCAGAUAAUGUGAGAACUAAUGAAAAUGGUGAUUUCUGGGUAGCAAUUCAUUGCCAUCAUAAUAAGUAUAUAGAUUUCCUCAGCAAGCACCGGUACCUGAGGAAACUUCUACUCAAGCUUCCUAUUUCGAUAAAAUAUACCUACCUUUUACUGAUUGGAGGCAAACUCCACGGGGUGGUCGUUAAAUACAGUCCAAAUGGGGAGAUAAUUGAGACUUUGGAGGACAGGGAAGGAAAAACAGUUAAAGCAAUCAGUGAGGUGGAAGAGAAGGAUGGCAAGCUUUGGUUGGGAUCCGUCCUGAUGCCUUUCAUUGCUGUCUACUGAUCAUCUUCCAGGCGUAGCACGAUGCACUGGUUCAAAGCUACACAAUAAAUGUCAAGGGUGUUGGUGCUAAGAUGCUUGAUGGUUUGUCAGCUGUUCAAGUUAUUUUAAUUGUACAAGUAAUCAGUCAAACAGAGAGAGUGUUAGUUGCUUGCUGUUGCUUGGGUACGGAUAAUAAACUUUAAUUUAUCCCAUGAUUGGUAAAAAACAUAAUGGCCCCUAUCUUGGAGCUAGCUAUGCUUGUAACUUGUUUCCAUGGUGCUAGAUUCGUUGAGUUAAUAGCAUUUUGCUUGCUUUCUGUUGA